UCACACUGCCUUUAAGCCAAUUGGAACAAGGAGAUUUUUUGUUCGUGCGGAAAGGUUAAAAAAGGCUUAUACUACCUCGAUAUAGUAAAACUAAUCGGGCCUAGUAUUCUGUUUAUCAAGUGCCUCGUAUAAGUGAUACUUUAAGAGUGCGGGAUGGUGAUAGCAGACGUUCAAUAAGAAUUUUCUAAAAGCCAAUUGUUUUCGCGGUCUAAGACCAUUAUUUUGACGGCUGCUGUUGUGACAAUGGACGGCGUUAAGGUUGAGGCGUUCAUCAAAAGCGAAGAAAGCCGAGCGAUGCCCUUGAUGGGAGGAGGCGGUGCCUCUGGAGGUACUUCGAUCAGCGGAGGCGGCGUGGGACUCGGAGCCGGAGCAUCCGCCACGCUGAGCGUGGAGCUGUGCCUCGUGUGCGGAGAUCGCGCCUCCGGGCGACAUUACGGGGCCAUCAGCUGCGAGGGUUGCAAGGGCUUCUUCAAGCGCUCGAUCCGCAAGCAGCUGGGCUAUCAGUGCCGCGGUGCCAUGAACUGCGAGGUCACCAAGCACCACCGGAACCGGUGCCAGUUCUGCCGGCUGCAGAAGUGCCUGGCCAGCGGCAUGCGAAGUGAUUCUGUGCAGCACGAGAGGAAACCGAUUGUGGACAGAAAGGAGGGGAUCAUUGCUGCUGCCGGCGGCUCAUCCAGUUCCGGCGGGGGAGGCACUUCCUCCGCCUACCUCGCCGGCAAAUCCGGCUACCAACAGGGGCGUGGUAAGGGGCACAGUGUCAAGGCCGAGGCAGCGGCCACGCCCCCCGUGCACAGCACGCCAGCAACGACCUUCAAUUUGAAUGAGAAUCUUUUCCCAAUGGGGUUGAAUUUUGCGGAACUAACACAGACUUUGAUGUUUGCCACCCAACAGCAGCAGCAACAACAGCAACAGCAGCAGCAGGGCGGCAGCUACUCACCAGAUCUUCCAAAGGCUGAUCCCGAGGACGACGAAGACGACUCCAUGGACAACAGCAGCACGUUGUGCCUUCAGCUGCUGGCGAACAGCGCCAGCAACAACAACUCCCAGCACCUGAACUUUAACGCCGGCGAAGCAUCAAGUGCUCUUCCCACCACCUCGACAAUGGGCCUUAUCCAGAGUUCGCUGGACAUCCGCGUGAUCCACAAGGGGCUGCAGAUCCUGCAGCCCAUCCAAAACCAGCUCGAAAGAAAUGGCAAUCUGAGUGUCAAGCCUGAGUGCGACUCCGAGGCGGAAGACAGUGGCACCGAGGAUGCCGCCGACACGGAACUUGAGCAUUUGGAUCUGGACUUUGAGUGUGGCGGCAAUCGAAGCGGCGGAGGCGACUUUGUGGUCAAUGAGGGGGUCUUCGAACAAGAACUUCUCACCGAUGUGCAAUGUGCUUUCCAUGUUCAACCGCCUACCCUAGUCCACUCUUAUUUGAACAUCCACUACGUGUGCGAAACGGGAUCGAGGAUCAUUUUUCUGACCAUCCACACCCUUCGAAAAGUUCCCGUUUUCGAGCAGUUGGACGCCCAUAGCCAAGUGAAGCUCCUUAGAGGAGCCUGGCCAGCUCUGAUGGCUAUUGCCCUGGCCCAAUGCCAGGGUCAGCUAUCGGUGCCCACCAUUAUCGGUCAGUUUAUACAGAGCACUCGCCAACUCGCGGAUAUCGAUAAGAUCGAGCCGCUGAAGAUCUCCAAAAUGGCCAAUCUUACUAGGACUUUGCACGACUUUGUUCAGGAGCUCCAGUCGCUGGAGGUCUCGGACCUGGAGUUCGGCUUGCUACGGCUAAUACUUCUCUUCAACCCAUCGCUUCUACAGCAGCGCAAGGAGCGGCAGCUGCGGGGAUAUGUUCGAAGAGUCCAGCUCUACGCUUUGUCCAGUUUGAGGCGGCAGGCAGGCGUCGCCAGUGGAGAAGAGCGCUUCAAUCUGCUGGUGGCUCGGCUUCUUCCACUGAGUAGCCUGGAUUCGGAGGCCAUGGAGGAGCUGUUCUUCGCUAAUCUGGUGGGCCAAAUGCAGAUGGAUGCCUUAAUUCCGUUUAUACUGAUGACCAGCAACACCAGUGGACUUUAGGUAUAAAAGACAACAAGGGGUAGGCUAUAUUGAAGGGCUACCCAAAAGAAAGACUGAAGAUGGACCAAGUGCGGGCAAUACACGUAGAAACUAGGCAAAUCCCCAUUUAAAAGAUAUUUAAUAUAUUCAUUAUGUACUUUAGAGAAGACAAUAUUUUCUAACUUGAAACCUUGGGUUUGUUGUUAAUCACAGAUUUAAAGGAAUCGAUUUCCCAAUAAAAGCGAAUAUGUUUUUAA